UCCAAAAUCCAAAAAAUGUGAUGGCUUCGCUUCCCAAGAGGCAGCCGCCGCCAAGAAGGGCCCCAGAGCCACAAACCUAAUCCAUCAAGUAAUUGAUCUGUAGAAUUGACCAACCAUCACCAUUAUUACUCUAGAUAGAGCCACGAUCUCGUCGUUUGCUUUUAUCCGCUCUUGCCGACCUCUCUCCGCGUGGUCAGCAUUCGCACAAAUAAAACCUCUUUUCCCAGUGAUUGGUUCCACUAUUGAUCCCAGAACAACAACCGGCAUCAGGACCACCAUGACGGCAUCUGCAGCUGGCACGAAAUUGACUCUUCGCUUGCCGGAUGACUUUCAUCAUCAUGUUCGGGAUGGUCCCAAAACAGCGGCAGUCCUCAAGUUUGCCUCGCAACGAUUCGGUCGAUGUUUGAUGAUGCCCAACACCAAACCUCCAAUUGUCAGCACAGAAUUGGCCAUUCAAUACAAGCAGCACAUUACCAAGGCCAUGCCGGAAGGAUGCACCAUGGAGCCCAUCAUGACGCUUUACUUGACUGAUAAUACCUCGCCGGAAGAAAUCCAAAAGGCUCACAAAGAAUUCGGAAAGUACGUUGCCUGCAAGUAUUAUCCAGCAGGAGCCACCACCAAUUCCGAUGCGGGGGUUACAGACGUGAAGAAUCUCUACCCUGUAAUAGAAGAAAUGCAAAAGGUUGGAAUGAUGUUGUGCAUUCACUCGGAGGUGACACACGGGGAUAUCUUUGAACGAGAACCAGCCUUUCUGGAAGAAAUCAUGAAACCACUGGUGGCCAAGUUUCCCAAUCUCAAAAUUACGAUGGAACACAUCAGUACCAAGGAAGCAGUGGAUUAUGUCUUGGCUUCGUCCGACAAUAUGAAGGCCAGCAUUACGUGUCAUCAUUUGCUUUACAAUCGGAAUAACCUUUUGGUUGGUGGCAUUCGUCCUCAUUUGUAUUGCUUGCCCAUUCUCAAGGCGGAAAAGCAUCGACUAGCACUGGUGGAGGCCGCCACUUCGGGAAGUAACAAGUUCUUCUUGGGGACCGAUUCGGCACCCCACUCCACAGACACAAAAGAAGCUGCGUGUGGUUGUGCUGGUGUUUUUACUGCGCAUGCUGCCGUAGAACUCUACGCAGAAGCCUUUGACGAGGCAGGCAAACUAGAGCAUUUGGAGGCUUUCUGCAGUUCCAAUGGUGCCGAUCACUACGGACUACCACGCAAUACCAAAACAAUCACGCUGGAGAAGAAGUCUUGGACGGUGCCCUCUAGUUUUGACUUUGGGGAUGGCAAGUCUGUGACCCCACUUCGAGCAGGUGAGGAAGUCUUGUGGAGUUUAGUUUAGUUUAGCUUAGCUUAGCUUUCCAGAGGCACUUUCUAGGAUGCAUUGCUGAUGGUCUAUAGAUUGAGCUUUAUUCUUCG